AUGGAAAGGGUGUUGAAGAGAAGAAGACGACGAAAGGAGAAGAAAAAAGAUAAAUGUCUUUCAGUGUUCGUCCUCGAUAAAAAAACGAGGCUGGUACAAUGUCGCACGCUGAGUUUGUGGCAGGAUGUAAACAAAGAAAUGUCCUAUCCUUCACUGAGACCUCUCAACAAUCGAUUCACCCGCCUCCUCCUCCGGCCCUCUGCAACUGAGCAGAGCUUCCCCGUUACUAUUCUUAUGCUACUUGGUUUCCAUAAAACUUGUAAUCCUGCAAGAGUGAUGGACACGGGGUGUUGCUGCUGUCGGAAUGAAGUCAUUGUUGGAGUUAUCGGCAAAAGCCGUAACUUGUGUCUCUCUCCCAGCCUUCUGAGAGAAAGCGUCGUGCUUCAUCCCGUCAGUUCUCCAAGAACACCAAGCCCGCUGCCUUGCUCGAUACUCCAGCUUCGACGAACAUCCCGUCUGAUGUCUCCACUCCUGCCAUGCUCCAGGGCAUGCCAAUGGGCGAGAUUGAUUUUCAAUGCUGCUUUUGAAGGUGUUCCAGGUAUGGAUGCCAUCAUGACCCCUAACGGCAUGCCGGAGGACCAGCAGUAUCAUUUUGAACCAAAUGCGUUCGAUCUCAUGCAUCAGGUGCAGAACGAUUACAACAAGGCUGCCCUCUACCAGCAACUUAGCCUUCCCGAGGGUCAGAUCGGAGAGAACUUUGAGUUCACUGACUUUAUCUCUGACUGCUUCUAG